UUCUCAAUGUAACGCACUCUGUGAUUGGCUAAAAGGCGCCCGAACCGUAAGUAUCGUAGCCUGCUAUUGGCCAGACGUCAUAGUAGGCAGCUGCGUUUGACUGAAAGAUGAACGAACUUUGGGUGAUGAUAUUAGAAAAAUGUGAAAGUAUUUCGAGUGGCAAUAAACAGAAUCUGAUAAAUAGUAAAAUAAUCUAAAUAAUUUGAGAAAUCUGGCUCCUCCCUUUGUGGAAAUUGUUAUUUUCAAAAACUAAAGCAGAUACGGUCCACCCCCUUCUCCACUUUAACCUCAAAUAAAAAAUUGAAAAAACCACACAGGCUGUCAGUUCACAUCAAACGGAAGAAACACCAGCAUAGCGAGCAACAUACCAAAGCUAGCACUGAGGCAGGACAGCAGCAGGGACUACUGGGAAGACUGGUUCUUCUGGGAAACUGGAAAUACUUUCAAUUUAAGCAGAAUGGCGUCCAAGUUUGAGGAAGAUCUGAGCUGUCCGGUCUGCCAGGACAUCUUUAAAGACCCCGUCACCCUGUCCUGCAGCCACAGCUUCUGUAGAGCAUGUGUGGAGAACUCGUGGAAGGAGAAAGAGGACAAGGAGUGUCCUCUGUGUAGGAGGAGACAGUCAAGGGAAUUAGAGACGAACUUUGCUUUAAAGAAUUCGUGUGAGACUUUUCUGCAGGAGAGAGAUCAGAGAUCUUCAGAGGAUCUCUGCGGUCUCCAUAAUGAGAAGCUCACACUCUUCUGUCUGGACCAUCAGGAGCCGGUGUGUCACAUCUGCAGAGAUUCACAACAACGCUCAGAGCACCGAUUCAGAGCCAUGGAUGAAGCUGCAGAAGAGCACAAGAAGAACCUUGAGGAAACUCUGCAGCCCUUAAAGAAGAAGUUAGAGGCUCUCAAAGGAGUCAAAGUGAAGUUUGAUCAAACAGAAGCUCACAUGGAGGUCCAGGCCAAAGACACAGAGAGACAGAUUAAGGAGCAUUUCAAGCAGCUUCAUCAGUUUCUUGCAGAGGAAGAGGAGGCAAGGCUGCAUGCACUGAGAGAGGAAGAGGAGCAGAAGAGGCAGAGGAUGAGGGAGCAGACGGAGGCUCUGAGUGCACAGAUAGCAGCUGUUUCAGACACAGUCAGAGCCACAGAGGAUGAGCUGACAGCCCGGGACGUCCCGUUCCUGAAAAACUACAAGGCUGCAGAGGAAAGAGUCCAGCAGUGCACCCUGCUGGAGGAGGCACAGCUGCCCUCAGGAGCUCUGAUAGGCCAGGCCAAACACCUGGGCAACCUGGGCUUCAACAUCUGGAUCAAGAUGAAGGACAUGGUCUCCUUCACGCCCGUCAUUCUAGACCCAAACACGGCUCAUCCAGACCUCAUCCUGUCUGAAGAUCUGACUGGAAUGAGACAAGGAGAGGAGCAGCAGCUUCCUGAUAAUCCAGAGAGGUUUAAUGAUCUCUGCGCUGUCCUGGGCUCUGAGGGAUUUGACUCCGGGACUCACAGCUGGAACGUCCAGGUUGGAGACAGUCCAUGCUGGGAACUUGGAGUGUUAGCAGAGUCUGCCCAGAGGAAGGGAGACAUAAAUUCUGGAUUAUGGACGGUGUAUUUUAGGUCUGGUAAAUACAGAGCAUUCUCACCAUCACCUCCACCCACUGAUCUGUCAGUGGAGACGAGACCAGAGAGGAUCAGAGUGAAUCUGGACUUUAACAGAGGAGAGCUGUCAUUUUGUGAUCUUGAGUCUAACACUCUUAUUCACACCUUCACUCACGCAUUCACUGACAGGAUGUUUCCAUACUUUGUUACUGAGCAUAACUUACCACUGAAAGUUUUUUCAGAGAAGGUCUCUGUUACCCUGGGACAACACUAAAACCAUAUUUACAAGACUUUUGGGAGAAUAUUCUGUGGACUGACUAGACAGAAGCAGAACUUUCUGGAAGGUGUGUGUCCUGUUCCAUCUGGAGUAAAACUGACACACAUCUUCAUCAAAAGAACAUCAGACUAACAAACAUGGUGGUGGCAGUGUGAUGUUGUGGGCUGCCUUGCUGCUUCAGGUCCUGGACUGAAGACUCAUUGACACUUAUCCCAAAUGCUUGCUUGCAGUUGUUGCCGCCAAGGGUGGAACAACCAGUUAUUAGGUUUAUUAGAAAUGACUUUUUCACAUAGUGCCAGCAAGGAAGUUUUGGAUGGCAAUUUUGACCUAAAUGGAAUCAUCAUUUAAAAACUGCAUUUUGUAUUUACUCAGGUUAUCUCUGUCUAAUAUUUGUUUGAUGAUCUACAACAUUUAAUUGCAACAAUUAUGCGAAUGUUUUUAAGAGUACUGAGAUCAAUUAAAAUUUUGGAUGGAGCUGAGCAUUAUGGAAGCACUUUUUUAGCCUAGAAUUUACAUUUUAACAUUGUCAUCAGGACUUAAAGAGACUUAUCUGUAACUUUGGGCUCUUUGUUUUCCAGAAAUGUAUGGAUUCUUACAAUUCUGAGCUUGGUUUUAUGUAAAUUCAUGAGUUUUUUAAAAUAAAAAUAUAGAUUUUUCUAAAAAAUUCUAAGAUCUUCUUUGGUUUUUAAUGUUUUAUAGUGGCAUUAUAAUGAAAAAACUGUGACAAUCCAAGUGGAAACAGGUAUAUUUACACUAUUUUUAUUUUCCUCUUUUUCUAUUGUAUGUUUACACUAUUUUAUUUGUCCCCUGUUUCUAUUUUAUUUUUGUCGCCAGUGGCCUGCUUUGUCUACACCAU